AUGGUAGAGUAUAUUUGUAUUAGUUUUUUAUCUGCUAUAACUGUGUGUGGAAACCUCCUCGUAAUAAUUUCCAUAGUUUACUUCAAACAGCUCCACAGUCCCACUAACGCUCUCAUCCUGUCUCUGGCUGCAGCCGACCUGCUGGUGGGAGCGCUGGUUCUCCCACUUACCAUGAAAUUCUCCAUGAGCUCCUGUCUGUAUCGAACAGAGGUAUUUUACCGAUAUUAUGCCGUGUGUCAGCCCCUGACAUAUAGAUCUAAAAUAAGCAGUCAUGUCAUUGUGAUCAUGAUCCUGAUGAGCUGGGGAGUUCCCGCUUUAGUUUCAGUUGGUCUUGUAGGGUUCGACAGAGUAAAAUGUGUGAAAAAGUGUUUCUUUUAUGUUUUUCUGGGUAAGAUUGUGGUGGUUUUCAUCACAUUUUACAUACCACUGCUGUUAAUGGUGUGUAUGUACCUGAAGAUUUUCCAUGUUGCACAGAAACAGGCGCACAGCAUCCGGAGCAAAACAACUUCUGGAGAAACUGUAAAUAAGAUGCAGAGGAAGGCCACCAAAACUCUGGCUAUUGUUAUGGGAGUUUUCCUGAUUUGCUGGCUGCCCUCCUUCCUCUGCACCACCAUCCUUUCUUUCAGCGGAGCUUCAAGCCCAGGUCCCUUGGCAGACAUACUAAACUGGCUGGCGCUGUCAAAUUCAAUGCUCAAUCCUUUCAUUUAUGCUUUCUUUUACAGCUGGUUCAGGUCAGCUUUCAGAUUAAUCAUUUCUGGGAAAACCCUUUUUGAUGAUUUGACAAACACCAAACUUCACUGA